GAGGGGAGGGGAGGGGCUGAACCUCAGGCAGGUAGAAAAGACACACAUGAAUACAGGUGAGGGGAUUUUAUUUGAAAUACAAGCAGUGGAAGUUCCUGAAUGGGACCUGGGGGCAGCAGUCUCUUGUACUGUAUGGUCUGUACAGCAGAGCUCAGAGAUGGGAAGGGAGAAGCAGCACCGAGAGCCAAUCAGGGGGCGGAGAUCGAUGUCACGGGUCAAGGUCAGCCGUGUUACACCUGCAAGGAACGCUGUCCGGGUUUUCUGGCACACCGGUGGAGGAAGAUCUGCCAGCACUGUCAGUGCCAUUGGGAGGAACAUGGCAGCGCGGCGCCUCCACAAGACCUGGAGCGUUCUCUGUGCCGGCUGGUUGGCGCAGACCGGUUCUCCUCGGGGGAAAGCAGCUCGGAUGCGGCGUCGGAGAAAUACGCAUGGGUGCCGCCUGGGCUGUCGCCGGAGCAGGUCCACCAGUAUUUCAGAUGUCUACCAGAAGACAAAAUCCCCUACGUCCAGAGCCCAGGAGAGAGAUACCGGCUGGGGCAACUCCUCCACCAACUACCCCCACAUGACAGCGAGGCCCGGUACUGCUGCUCUUUGCAGGGAGAGGAAGAGCAGGAGCUGCUGACGCUAUUCAGCCAAAAACGGAAACUAGAGAACCUCGGGCGCGGAGGGGUACGUCCCGUCCCCAGAAGCACGAAUGGGACAGUAUGCAAUAAGUGUGGACAUCAGAUCGGCGGUGGUGAUGUGGCGGUAUUUGCAUCCAGGGCCGGCCUAGGCGCCUGCUGGCACCCUCAGUGUUUCACGUGUGCCCGCUGCUCGGAGCUCCUGUGUGACCUCAUCUACUUCUAUCAGAACGGACAAGUGUACUGCGGUCGCCACCACGCUGAACUUCAGCGGCCGCGCUGCUCGGCGUGCGAUGAGGUGAUCUUCUCGGGGGAGUGCACCCAGGCUGAGGGCUACCACUGGCACACGCGACACUUUUGCUGUUUUGAGUGUGAAUGCGCCCUGGUAGGGCAGCGCUACGUAAUGAAAGAGCGGAGGCCUUACUGCUGCCCGUGCUAUGAGAGGCGGUUCUCGCAUUACUGCGACAGCUGCGGGGAAAGCAUCGGUGUGGAUGAAGGCCAGUUAUCGCACGGAGCACAGCACUGGCACGCCUCGGAUCGCUGCUUUUGUUGCGGGAAGUGUGGAAAUUCCCUCCUCGGUAAACCCUUCCUACCACGCCACGGCCAGAUUUAUUGCUCCCGGGCCUGUAGCAUGCCGCCUGGAAGCAGCGAAUGUUCCAUCAGCCCCACGCAGUCGGAGGUUUCUCCACGUAAAGAGACGAGGGAUAUCGGCACUUCUACAAACACCGACCCAGAAGGGGACAGCUUCGGGGAGAGAAGAAUGGGGGGAGGAAGGAGGUCCAUGUCCAUGAUUGAUCAGUCUCGGACGCCACAGACAUGCCAAUCACGUAUGCCACCCGUGAGGUCCAUUCACUCCAGCCUCAGGGGGCCUCCACCUCACUUUACCCGCGAAUCGUCCCAGAGACGUUCUCUACCGGACCUUCGAAGUCAAAACCGGACAGGUCCCCGGGUUACUUUCAGUAUACCUCUCAGUACUGAACUCAAAGAACCCAUAAGGUUCACCUACCCGUCAUUCACUUCCUCCUCCUCCUCCUCUUCAGAGGAUGAAGAGGAAGGGUACUUCUUAGGAGAACCCAUCCCUAUACCUGCCUUCAUGAGGCCUCAAGGAUACCCGGUGCCACCAGUUCCAGCCCCAUCGCCAAAGAAGAAGAAGGACAAGAACUGCAACCUGUCCUGACCCCGAAAAACAAGGAGCUCGAACGUCAUCUCAAUACAUAAUUCAAAGGUCCCAUCACCAAAGAACUGAAGACAAGAACUGCAACCUGUCCUGACCCCAAAAAAACAAGGAGCCCAUCAACUGUCAUCUCAAUACAUAAUUCAAAGGUCCCAUCAUCAAAGAAGGAGGGCAAGACCUGCCACCUGUCCUGACCCCAAAAAAACAUGGAGCCCAUCAACUGUCAUCUCAAUACAUGAUUCAAAGGUCCCAUCAUCAAAGAAGGAGGACAAAAACUGCCACCUGUCCUGACCCCGAAAAACAAGGAGCUCGAACGUCAUCUCAAUACAUAAUUCAAAGGUCCCAUCCCCAAAGAACUGAGGACAAGAACUGCCACCUGUCCUGAUCUCCGAAAAACAAGGAGCCCAAAUGUCCUCUCAAUGCAUAAUUCAAAGGUCCCAUAACCAAAGAAGGACAAGGACUGCAACCUGUCCUGACCCCAAAAAACAAGGAACCCAACUGUCAUCUCAAUACAUAAUUCUGUCCAGCCAGAACAUUGAUGAAGGAUUAGUUCUCCCCGCCUCCUGUUCCGAUGAGCUUUUACUAGGAUACCCGGUACCUCCAGUUCCAUCCCUAUCCCCAAAGAAGAAGGACAAGAACUGCAACCUGUCCUGACCCCGAAAAACAAGGAGCCCGACUGUCAUCUCAAUACAUAAUUCAAAGGUCCCAUCACCUAAGAAGGACAAGAACUGCAGCCUGUCCUGACCCCCAAAAAACAAGGAGCUCAUCAACUUCCAUUUCAAUACAUAAUUCGUAGGUCCCAUCGCUAAAGAAGGACAAGAACUGCAACCUGUCCUGACCCCGAAAAACAAGGAACCCAUCAACUAUCAUCUCCAUACAUAAUUCUGUCCAGCCAAAACAUUGAUGAAGAAUUAGGACUUCUGAAGGGUUUUUACCAAAAUCUGGGGCUCCGAGGUUUCUCCUCCCCUCCUGUUCUGAUGAGCAUGGGUUUUACUAGGAUACCCGGUUCCUCCAGUUCCAGCCCCAUCACCAAAGAAGAAGGACAAGAACUGCCACCUGUCCUGACCCUGAAAAACAAGGAGCCCAUUAACUGUCAUCUCAAUACAUAAUUCAUAGGCCCAUCACGAAAGGCCUCCACCUUACUUCACCCAUGAAUCACCCCCCCCCCCCAAAACGUUCUCUACCGGACCUUCGAAGUCAAAACCGGACAGGUCCCCGGGUCACUUUCAGUAUACCUCUCAGUACUGAACUUAAAGAACCCAUAAGGUUCACCUACCCAUCAUUCACUUCCUCCUCGCUUCGUCUUCAGAGAAUGAAGAGGAAGGGUACUUCGUAGGAGAGCCCAUCCCUUUACCGGCUUUUAUGAGGCCUCCAGGAUACCUGGUACCUCUAGCUCCAGCCCCAGAAGGAAAAGAACUGCAACCUGUCCUGACCCCAAAAACAAAGGAGCCCGUCAACUGUCAUGUCCAUACAUAAUUUAUAGGUCCCAUCAUCAAAAAAGGAGGACAAGAACUGCAACCUG